UCAGCUGAUGACUUCCUUGUUGCCGUUCUGUUUGUCGUCAGAUAAGAGCAAUUGCAGAAGCGCUUCCUUUCAUCCAAGAACGGACGCGCUGGUCUUGGUCUUGUUUAUGUCAAAUUGUGGAUUAAGAAGAAUUUUGCAGCUGUGUCCCACUCCUCUGCCGUCGCUAACAUUCCAUCCAUGAGUACCUCAGACAGUGAAGAGGACUCCUACAAUGAGAGGACAGCUCUGGUUGCAUCCGAGAUACCUUCUGUGCCAUCUUACCAACAAGACCCUGACCAACCCCAGCCUGCAGACAUGGAGCCCAGGCGCCGCCUGGUGGCCCCAGAGCCUGCAGCUGAACCCCCCAGCCUGGACAGGAGUGCCGUGGAGCGGGAGCCCGUAGACCUGGAGGAAGAGGAGGAGCACACCCUCAAGUACGGCGCCAAGCAUGUCAUCAUGCUGUUCGUCCCCGUCACCCUUUGCAUGGUGGUCGUCGUAGCCACCAUCAAGUCGGUCAGCUUCUACACUGAGAAGAACGGACAGCAGCUGAUCUAUACGCCGUUCACAGAGGACACAGACACAGUGGGUGAGCGGCUGCUCAACUCUGUGCUCAACACCAUCAUCAUGAUCAGCGUCAUCGUGGUCAUGACCAUCUUCUUGGUCGUGCUCUACAAGUACCGCUGCUACAAGUUCAUUCAUGGAUGGCUCAUCCUGUCCUCGCUGAUGAUGCUCUUCUGGUUCAGCUUCAUGUACCUGGGGGAGGUAUUUAAAACCUACAACUUGGCCAUGGAUUACCCCACAGUAGCCAUGAUCAUCUGGAACUUUGGGGCGGUAGGAAUGAUCUGUAUACACUGGAAGGGGCCUCUGCAGCUGCAGCAGGCCUACCUCAUCGCCAUCUCGGCCCUCAUGGCCCUAGUGUUCAUCAAGUACCUGCCCGAGUGGUCCGCCUGGGUCAUCCUGGGAGCCAUCUCCGUCUACGAUUUGGUUGCGGUCUUGUGCCCUAAAGGUCCUCUCAGGAUGCUUGUAGAGACCGCACAGGAGCGUAACGAGCCCAUCUUCCCUGCUCUCAUAUAUUCAUCUGCCAUGAUAUGGAUGGUUGGGAUGGCCAACCCAGCAAGAAAUGCAGAGCCCACAAAUCAAGAUACAGAUGAGGAGGCACAUCAGAGUGAGGGCAGCGCCCUGGCGAGCGACUGGGUGGAGCCAGAGACUCAAGUGUCCUCAGGGAUGAACAGGUCCUACUCAACCGAGGACGACCUAGACGAGGAAGACCGAGGAGUCAAGCUGGGACUGGGGGACUUCAUCUUCUACAGUGUGCUGGUGGGGAAGGCUGCCUCCACCGGAGGAGACUGGAACACCACGCUGGCCUGCUUCGUGGCCAUUCUCAUAGGACUCUGCCUCACUCUUCUGCUGCUGGCCAUAUUCAAGAAGGCCCUCCCAGCUCUCCCUAUCUCCAUCACCUUUGGCCUGGUCUUCUACUUCUCUACAGACAACCUGGUCCGCCCCUUUAUGGACAACCUCGCUGCCCACCAGUUCUACAUCUGACUUCCCAUCUGGGGGUCAAUGGAACGCACAWCAAUUUUUUCCCCCACGCCUGUUCUCGUGUUUUCCACCAAUGGUAGUCUGUGAGCAAGGAUUUGAUUGGGGGGACUAUAAUGCUUUUUAAUCAGAUUAUGUAUAUUUUGCUAACAGGUCACCACAAAUGAGGGUAAAAUGCAUCUAGGAUUGUUUCAUGUGGCAGAUGUACAGUAAUACAUUGAUACAAGACGGGUGUAUCGGUCUGUCUCAGUUCUUAUUUUCCAGAUAUAGGAUGGCGUCAAGUUGUUUCUUCUCAUUAGAUAAGUCAAUUUUGAUAAAAUGCAGGUCAGAAACAGGACAUUGUGAAUUAUCAGGAGAAAUCACAUUUGUUAUUACGCAMUAUACAUCAAUUUGAAUUAGGCAUUUAUGUUCCACUCAACCAACUUUGGGUUAUUUUGAGGAUAACUUGGCACUUCAAUAGAUCACAAGUGAAGUGGUAACUUGAACAGUCAAAACAUAAUGCAGUGAUCCAUUAAAAUCAAUUCCCCCUCAAA